UCUCCAAGCACAAAGCACAGAGAAAUAAAAACCAAUCUUCUGCCCACUGAGAAGAAACUGAAUGGAGGAGCCCCUCUCCUCAAUUGUUGGAUUCUGAGGUCGAAAGAGCUGCUCCUGGCAUCACUGGUCGAGGGAAGAACUGGGAACAAUCCUCGAGAAAUUGGCCAUGAUUUCUGCGCAGCUGCACCUGGGCUAUAAAGGGCUGGUCCUGCUGGGAAUUCUCCAGGGGAUUCUGCGCGAAACUGGAGGCACCCCAAUCCGCUAUUCAAUUCCCGAGGAGUUGGAGAAAGGCUCUAGGGUGGGCAACAUCGCCAAGGAUCUGGGAUUGGAACCCCAGGAACUCGAGGAGCGUGGAGUCCGCAUCGUCUCCAGAGGUAGGACUCAACUUUUUGCUCUGAACCCGCGAAGCGGCAGUCUGGUCACCGCGGGCAGGAUAGACCGGGAAGAGCUCUGCGUGGGGGUCAGCAAGUGUCAAUUAAAUCUGGAAAUUCUGGUGGAGGAUCGAGCGAAAAUAUACGGCGUGCUGGUAGAAGUGAGGGACAUUAAUGAUAAUGCCCCCCACUUUCAGGAAGUCGAAUUAGAAAUAAAAAUGAGUGAAAACGCAGCCACUGGAAUGAGGUUCCCCCUUCCCCACGCUUGGGAUCCAGAUAUUGGAAAGAACUCGCUCCAGAGCUAUGAGCUCAGUAGCAAUCCUCACUUCUCCCUGGAAGUGCAAAGCGGAGCAGAUGGGAACAAGUACCCAGAGCUGGUGCUGGAGAGCGCCCUGGACCGCGAGGAAGAGGCAGUUCACCACCUGGUUCUCCUGGCCUCUGAUGCAGGCGACCCCAGGCGCACUGGCACCGCUAGCAUCCGUGUGAUGGUUGUCGAUGCGAAUGACAACGCGCCGGUGUUUGCGCAGGCCGAGUAUCACGUGAGUGUUCCAGAGAAUGUGCCCCUGGGCACCACGUUACUUGUGGUAAAUGCCUCGGACCCAGAUGAAGGAGCCAAUGCAGAAGUGACGUAUUCCUUCCGGUAUGUAGAUAGCAAAGCUGCCCAGGUUUUCAAACUCGAUAGUGAUUUAGGGACAAUUUCAACAAUAGGGGAGUUGGACCAUGAAGAAUCAGGAUUCUAUGAGAUGGAAGUCCAAGCAAUGGAUAAUGCAGGAUAUUCUGCUCGAGCCAAAGUCCUGAUCACAGUUUUAGAUGUGAAUGACAAUGCACCUGAAAUAGUUGUCACUUCUCUCUCCAACUCCAUUCUGGAAAACUCUCCUAGUGGUACAUUGAUCGCCCUUUUAAAUGUGAAUGAUCAAGAUUCUGAGGAAAAUGGACAAGUGGUCUGCUUCAUCAAAGGGAAUCCCCUCUUUAAAUUAGAAAAAUCGUAUGGGAAUUACUACCGUUUAGUAACAGACACACCCUUAGACAGAGAACUGGUUCCCAGCUACAACAUCACUGUGACUGCCACUGACAGAGGAAGUCCCACCCUGUCUACUGAAACACACGUCUCAUUGAAUGUGGCAGACACAAAUGACAACCCUCCUGAAUUCACUCAAGCCUCCUACUCCGCCUUUAUACCAGAAAAUAAUCCCAAGGGAUCCUCUAUAGGCUCAGUGAGGGCCUAUGACCCCGACUAUGGAGAGAACGCUGAGAUCAUUUACUACCUUGUAGAGGAUACCGUCCAGAGGGCACCUCUGUCCUCCUAUGUCUCCAUCAAUUCAGACACAGGCGUCCUCUAUGCACUGCACUCCUUCGACUAUGAACAGUUCCGUGACCUGCAGUUGUGGGUGAUAGCACGGGACAGUGGCAACCCGCCACUCAGCAGCAAUGUGUCAUUGAGUAUAUUUGUGCUUGACCAGAAUGACAAUGCUCCUGAGAUCCUAUACCCCACGCUCCCUACUGAUGGCUCCACUGGGGUAGAACUGGCUCCCCGCUCUGCAGAGCCUGGAUACCUGGUGACCAAGGUGGUGGCAAUGGACAGAGACUCAGGUCAGAAUGCCUGGCUGUCCUACCGCCUGCUCAGGGCCAGUGAGCCAGGGCUGUUCUCUGUGGGCCUGCACACUGGUGAGGUGUGCACUGCCCGCGCCCUGCUGGACAGAGAUGCCCUCAAGCAGAACCUGGUGGUAGUGGUCCAGGACCAUGGGCACCCCCCUCUUUCAGCCACUGUCACCCUCACAGUGGCCGUUGCUGACAGCAUCCCAGAUGUCCUGGCAGACCUGGACAGCAUCAGUGCUCCCACCAAACAGGAGGAUUCAGACCUCACUCUCUACCUGGUGGUGGCAGUGGCCGUGGUCUCUUGUGUCUUCCUGGCCUUUGUCAUCAUGCUGCUGGCACUCAGGCUGAGGCGCUGGCACUCAUCGCGCCUGCUGCAGGCUUCUGCAAGCGGAUUGGCUGGCGUGCCUGCCUCGCACUUUGUGGGCGUGGACGGGGUCAGGGCUUUCCUGCAGACCUACUCGCAUGAGGUGUCCCUGACUGCAGACUCGCGCAAAAGUCACCUGAUCUUCCCACAGCCCAACUAUGCUGACACCCUCAUCAGCCAAGAGAGUUGUGAGAAAAGUGAACCUCUUUUGGUGUCAGGUGAUUUAGUAUCUUCUAGAGAUGAUCAUGCAGUAACUCAGGUGAGUCUAUAA